UAAAUAACUAUUUAUGUUGUUGUUAUUUCUCUAUGUGUAUGUGUAUGUUGUAUUUUGUAUUUGUAAUUUGUAAUUUGUAUGUAUAUGUUAAUGUUGCUCGUUUGUGCUUUUAUUUAUUAUGAUUAUUUAAUUAACUAUGGAAUUUAACAUUAAGGAAAACUUUGUUGAAUAUGACCAAAGGUAUAUAGAGGGUCAGCUACCGGAAUCAACAGAUCUUGGGAACUUCAAGCAUGAACCAGAAGAUAACUUGAUUAUGGAAGUGAAAACUGAAAUUAAGAAAGAGUUUGUUCAAGAUAAACAAGGAUAUCCAGUGAAUCAGCUAUCCACAUCCCUUGAUUUGGGAGGUUUGAAGAAUGAACCAGAUGAAUAUGAUUCAGUUAUGGAAGUGAAACCUGAAAUUAAGGAAGAAUUUGUUGAAGAUGACCAAGGAUAUCCAGAGAAUCAGCUAUCCACAUCUCUUGAUUUUGGAGAUUUGAAGAAUGCACCAGAUGAGUAUGAUUCAGGUUUUACUCAGAAGAAAUUAUUGGAAAUGGAAAUUACAAUAACGUUACCUGAAAAUACAUGUAAUACAAAACAAGAAAUAAGUCUUAAUGCUGAAGAAGCGCCAUUAAAAAAUUAUUCUUGUGCUAAAGAUAUACCGUACAAAUUAAGUAAAUGCAAAAAAGAUCAAAUUGGAGAAGGACUUUAUAAAUGUGAAAUUUGUUUUAAGCAAUUUGCUAAGACAUAUCAUUUGAAACGACAUAUGAGAUGUCCCACUGGCGAAAAGCCUUACAAGUGUGAAAUUUGUUUUAAGCAGUUUAGUCGUAAAUUGAAAAGACAUUUGAGAGUGCACACAGGAGAAAAGCCACAUAAAUGUGAAAUUUGUUUUAAGCAGUUUAGUGAAACAUUCAAUUUAAAAAAACAUUUGAAAGUGCACACUGGAGAAAAACCAUACCAGUGUGAAAUUUGCUGUAAGCAGUUCGCUCUUAGAGAUUCUUUAUCCAAACAUCAUUUGCGAACACACACUGAAGAAAAACCGUACACGUGUGAAACUUGUUUUAAACAGUUUAGUGGAGCAGGUAGUUUGAAAACACAUCUGAGAGUUCACACUGGAGAAAAACCUCACAAAUGUGAAAUUUGUUUCAAGCAGUUUUCUCAAUCAAGUCAUUUGAACACACAUAUGAGAGUGCACACUGGAGAAAAACCGUACAAGUGUGAAAUAUGUUUUAAGAUGUUUGGUGAGUCAGCUACUUUGAAACAACAUAUAAAAAGACACACUGGAGACAAACCUUACAAGUGUGAAAUUUGUUUUAGGCAAUUUAUUCGAACUCGUGACUUGAAAGCACAUUUAAGUCUGCACACUGGGGAAAAGCCGUACAAGUGUGAAAUUUGUUUUAAGCAGUUUUCUCAGAGAGGACAUUUGGAGAAACAUUUGAGAACUCAUAGAAGAUAAAAUCUUUGACAGUGUUGUUCUGAAGCUAUUUCCUUGUGGCAUUUUUAUAAUUUAGUAUUUUCUAUGGGAAAUAAGCCACAAUUUUACUAAAAAAUGAACUUAUUAACGUUUCGAAGCCCAAAUCGGGUUUCAUUGUCAAAAUACAAAAUACUAUUAAAAUAAAAUAAUGUUUAUUUUAAUAAUAUUUUGUAUUUUGUAUUUAAAAAAGGCACUCCGAAGAACAGCUGUAUAGUCAAAGUGGAAAUCGGUGGGAAUGCGCAUUUUAUCAAUGAAAUUAGGUAUGUCUAAGCCAUUCAUCCAGAAGCCGCUAACGAUAAGAUGUUUUAACAUCGCAUUAAUCAUUGUAAAUUCUUCUUCUUCAGGUUCCUUCCCCUAUCGGAGGUUGGAAAUCAUC